CCUCUACUCUGUACGCAAGCCUCCAACGCACCCUCUCCCGCAACUACGCACUCAUUCAUCACCGCCAACCCACGAUGUACACCAGCCGGGUCGCCAGCGCCGCUCUGCGCUCCUCAGCGCCCCGCGCUCCCCUCGCUGCCCGCUCCGCAUGGGCCCGAAGCUACGCCGCUGCCGCUGCACCGAGCACCACGUCGACCAAGCCACCUGUCGCUCUCUUCGGCAUCGAUGGCACGUAUGCCAGCGCUCUGUACACCGCCGCCGCGAAAACCAGCGCCCUCGAGCCCACGGCCAAGUCGCUCGAGACGCUCGCCUCCGUCUUCAAGAAGGACGCCAAGCUCGCGCAGGUGCUGGCUGCGCCUACGCUCUCCGCGACGGACAAGCAGCAGGUGGUUGCCGAGCUGAGCAAGCACAUUGGCCCGGAUAAGGACGGCGUGGUCAAGAACUUCCUCGCCACGCUGGCGGAGAACAACAGGUUGGGUGUGCUGGAGGGGGUUGUGGAGAAGUUUGCUGUGCUCAUGGGCGCGUACCGUGGGGAGGUCGAGUUGACUGUUACCAGCGCUCAGCCCCUCGACAACCGAACACUCUCCCGCCUCGAAUCCGCCGUGUCCAAAUCGCAGUACGUCGGCCAGGGCAAGAAGCUCAAGGUCGUGUCCAAGGUCAACCCGGACAUCCGCGGCGGGCUGAUUGUCGAGAUUGGCGACCGCACCAUUGACCUCUCUGUGUCGUCCAAGAUGGCCAAGAUGAACAAGCUGCUCAGAGAGACGUUGUAGAAGAUGUAUAGAUAUACGCAGACAGAGAUGUUUGUGCGUGCAUUGGAUGGCAUUUUCAGCGUACGGGGAGUUAGACGAUGUGUAUUUUACAUGUUUCGAGGGUAGCUAUUGAGGAGGAUGAGAGGGGCGAAAAGACAAUUUACUUUGUGAACCUAGACAUGCGCAUUUGCCGGUCCGGCAGCCAGACAGCAUAAUCUCUCUCAAGCAACUCGAGGUUACUGACUUCAGCAUAAAAUCCAA